CCCGUCGCUUCGUUCGGGGCUGUUCGCGGUGGUGCCGGUUCCGACUAGUCCCGCACCCAGGAUCCCGCGUCGGGCACCAUGCCCGCCGUGCUGGGGUUCGAAGGCAGCGCCAACAAGAUCGGCGUGGGCGUGGUGCGCGACGGCACGGUGCUGGCGAACCCGCGGCGCACUUACGUCACGGCCCCGGGCACGGGAUUCCUUCCAGGUGACACAGCCAGGCACCAUCGCGCAGUUAUCCUAGACCUGCUGCAAGAGGCACUGACGGAGGCUGGGCUAACCUCCCAGGACAUUGACUGCAUCGCUUACACCAAAGGUCCUGGUAUGGGGGCCCCGUUGGCUUCUGUAGCUGUCGUUGCCCGUACUGUGGCCCAGCUGUGGAAUAAGCCCUUGCUGGGUGUGAACCACUGCAUAGGCCACAUUGAAAUGGGCCGCCUCGUCACUGGAGCCAUGAACCCAACUGUGCUGUAUGUCAGCGGAGGGAAUACUCAGGUGAUUUCCUACUCAGAACAUCGUUACCGCAUCUUUGGGGAAACUAUUGAUAUUGCUGUGGGAAACUGCCUGGAUCGUUUUGCUCGCGUGCUGAAGAUUUCCAAUGACCCAAGUCCAGGCUACAACAUCGAGCAGAUGGCAAAGCGAGGCAAGAAGCUCGUUGAGCUGCCAUACACUGUGAAGGGGAUGGAUGUCUCAUUCUCGGGGAUUCUGUCUUUCAUUGAGGAUGCUGCGCAGAGAAUGCUGGCCACGGGGGAAUGUACUCCUGAAGACCUGUGUUUCUCCUUACAGGAAACGGUGUUCGCAAUGCUAGUGGAGAUCACAGAGCGAGCCAUGGCACACUGUGGCUCCAAGGAGGCCCUCAUCGUAGGAGGAGUUGGAUGUAACACAAGGCUGCAGGAGAUGAUGGCAGCCAUGUGUCAGGAGCGGGGAGCCCGGCUCUUUGCGACAGAUGAGAGAUUCUGCAUCGACAAUGGCGCCAUGAUAGCACAAGCAGGUUGGGAGAUGUUUCAGGCUGGACAUAGGACCCCUCUCACAGAGUCUGGAAUCACACAGAGGUAUAGGACGGAUGAAGUAGAAGUGACGUGGAGGGACUGACGGCAUCAGCUUGCCAAGCGGUGCUGAUGCGGGAGUGAUCUUGGUGAUGCUAUGGACUCUGCUCCUCUCUGGCAACUGUAUGGAUUCCACACGAGACUUAGGGUCCCUAUGGAACCCCAAGAUGACUCCACAAUAAAAAAAAUCCUUUUUGUAUGUUGAUAACUGGACUAAUACAGAGUUAGCGCUGGGUAAAUUACUGGUGAGGGCAGUGGACAAGCGGGUGAGGGUCAGAGUAGCGCUCUGUUGAUGGUGCAGAUGGUUCUGAUGGGUGCCCUCCUACCGUCCCGUUAACUAAGCAUCCUAACUAAGAGUAUUUUAGUGCUGUGCUAUGUGCUGACCGUUCUGCGCUUAGUGAAUUGUCACAUUCACUGAAGGAGACAUUCAGGAUGCCACUUAAAAAAGUCACAACUUUACUAAAACUCCUGUCCUUCAUAACCUUUAUUGAUGUCCUACAAACAUUUCACUGGCCAAUUUGGGGAACACCCCAGAUAUACAGCACCUCAGCACCAGUGCAAGCAUCAGAACUACAGAUCCAUGCCCUUUAUCUUGUAUAGAUUGCCACUAGAGGCCCUGAACUACCACGCUCCCCUCUACCCACUGGCAGCCACGUCUUUCCAUCUUUUUUGUUUGUUUGUCCCACUUCCAAACUCCUGAAACUUCCCAGCCAUUUGUGAAGUCCAUACAUCCUUACCCUCUCCUCCAAAUGCUUCCUUCACAAUGUUGCUCUGGGACCUGGUUUCUUAGAAAGACUGCUUCUGUUAACACCUGGUCUGACUCAUUCGUAUCUGUUGUACCGCUGGGCCUGGAGUUAGUGCGCGCAUCCUCUUUCCUCUUCUCUUCUUUCUUUCUUUCCCUGCCCUCUCUCUUUGAGACAGGGUCUAUGUAGUCCUGGCUGGCUUGGAGUUUGCUAUGUAGACUAAACUGGCCUCAAACUCACAGAGAUCCACCUGCCUGUCUCUGCCUCCUGAGUGCUGAGAGUAAAGGUGUACGCGACCAUGCCCCGCCUCGGGCAACACACUGUUACGUAUCUCGGUCUCAUCCCAUUCUGAUGCCAUAAUUGGGCUAUUCGGUUAUUAUUAUGUGACUCCUCCCUUUACCAGGACCUGCAACCCUGUGAUCUUACUUCCUUUUUGUAUUGUUUCCCUUCCUCAGUUAAAUUACAGUAACAAACACCUUGUUGCUGAUGCUUCAUCUUCCUUUGCCAUUAAAAAAUAACAAAACAAGACAAGAUCUCCUCAAGCUCAGACUGGCCUGAACAAACUAAAGAGGAUGAGCUAAUCUGCCUCACCUCAAGCGUGGAUUACAGCCGCACCUCACCACCCCUAAUCUACAUAUCGUGAUUACAGCCUCACC